UAGGGGACAGUUGUAUUACUGUCCGUGUCCGCUAGGCUUUUUGGCAUGGCGCUAGCUUUGAGGAGCCAUUACGGCAUCGCCGUUUCUUUUGCACAAGAGCGUUAGAACGGGAUGGCUAUAGUAGCAUUAAUAAUAGCACAAACUCUAAUUUCGUCCCUCGCGCCCUUUCGUGUGCUUUCGUGCCGAUCUGAAUAACCGGUUUUGUUUGUGGAACGGUUGUAACCCCAACCGACCAAUGGCUGCUUUGGGUUUCUAGCAGGCGUUCCAUUGGCGACGGGUGAGCGGUUCGGUUCCGAGCGGUGUGGAGCGGGGGGCGCGGGGCAAGGGUGCGCCUCACCGGUAGCGCGCGCAGUUGUGUUUCGCCACUCGAAAAGAAGGUUAUUGUUGCAAUGAGACGGGCAUCGGACUAUCGAUAAAGUGUGUUUGUAUGUCGUUUUCGUCGAUAAUAAGUGUUGUGUUUACUUUCACCCGUGCGAAUGUCUCAAUCCUUACCUUUUUGUUUGUUGUUUCUUUUAAUCACUGCCGCAUGGGACGGCGCUUACGUUUCAGUUAACCUUUUAUUUUGAAACGAUGGAACGUUGUUCUUAUGGUUUUUACACCAAAAGAUCGGAGAUACUAGACAACAUCCAAAAGAAGAAAGAUCAAGAUAAGGAACAAACACAAAGUGCGGGGUUCCAGCAGGUGUCAAAAGGCGAGAAGGCUGGAGUCGGGCCAGAGAAUGCGAGCCCUGCAGUGACGCAGCAUGUCCCGGCGCAGCUGCUAUCCCCGCCCCCCGCGUCCGCGCACCAGCUUCAGCCCGCCGACAAGGACAAGACCAUCAAAGUAGCCAACUCAACCACAAUCACACUCAUAGAGAACGGCUCUCUCAACACUGACAAAGACAAAGACGCUAACUACCCUAAAAACUAUUUCACUUUAGAGCCAAAGAUUGAUAAGAAAGAUGACUGCAACAAAAAUAGUAUUACUAUAACUAGGACAGUGCCAAAACAGUCGCCCAGCCAAGACAAGUCAAAGGGGCAACAGAAGCCAAACAAGAGGCCCUUGCAGUGUCUGGAAACUCUUGCUGAAAAGGCAGGAAUCACUUUCGAGGAUAAAUACGAAGCUGCCAACACCCUAUUAGCUUUAGAUAAACAGAACAAUACCUUUCCAAGACCCCAAGAAUUAAAACAGCCUAAAACAGAGCCCGAUAAUCUUGGUCAAAACGAGGAGUAUAGAUAUAGGAAUCAGAAAGAAGAGGAUGAUAAAUUACAGAUCCAACAGCAAAUAAUCCAGCAACAACAACAGCAGCAACAGCAACUGCAGCAGCAACUACAGCAGCAGCAAUUGCAGCAGCAGUUGCAGCAACAACAACAGUUACAGCAGUUGCAGCAGCAGGCCUUGCAACGGCAGCACCAGGCCAUACAGCAGCAUAUCAAAAACCAGCAAGACCAACAAGAGCUGAAGCAGUUCCAACAACAACAUCAACAACAACAGCAGCAGCAGCAACAACAACAGCAGCAACAACAGCAGCAACAACAACAGCAACAACAACAGCAGCAGCAACAGCAACAACAGCAGCAGCAGCCGAAACAAGAGCUACAGCAAGUUACUCAACAGCAAGAUUUGCAACAGCAGAAGUUUUUGCAGGUGGUGAACAACCAGCCGGUGCACACGCAGCAGUUCAACGUGCCCGGCAUCGGCGAGAUCAACCUCAGCUUCCUCGCGUCCCCGCAGAGCAACGUUAAUCUGCUUUUCGACAAGAGCCAGAAGGCCGGCAUGAGCGGCGACAUCAAACAGCAACAACAAUUAGUAGACGGUCAAUCGCAAGUAGUCCAGCAGCAGAUGAGUAUGGCGCAGCACGAGCAGACGCAGCAGCAUCACCAGACGGUCACGGUCGUCUCCUCCAUGCCCAGCUCCUUGGCCGCGCACCAGGUCCAACAACAGCAGUCAGCGGCGGGCAUGCAGCAGCAGACGAGCGCCGGCAUUUCUAGUAUGCCGCCGCUUCAGAGCCUACCCCCGAACACGCAACACCCGCAGCAAAUCAGCGCUGAAUGGGGCCACAGCCGCGUGCAGGUGAUUCAGCAGCCGCUGCAGAACAGCACGUACCUGCAGCAGCUGUACAACGCGCAGGGCCCGCUGCUGAUGCCCGGCAACAUCCUGCACCCCGGCAUCAACUCCCAGCAGAUACAGGUGAUCGCCGCGGGAAAGCCGUUCCAGGGCAACCAGCUGGCUCCGCACAUGUUAACUGCGCAGGGCAAGCAAGUUCUGCAGGGGCAAGCCGUAAACUUUGCAGGUCUAACGACGUAUCAGGAACAAGCUCCGUUCCCAGGCUACACGACGAUCCCGGCCAUCCCCACGACGCAGAACCAGACGUUCGUGUUCAGCCCGCUCGGCGUCAUCAACUCGCAGCCCAGCCUACUGCCCGCGCACUCGCAGCCCUCCGUCUCCGGCAUCUCGCACCAGCAGAAGACUAAUGAAAUGCACAAGGUGAUGAGCGGCGGCAAGGUGGCGGGCGGCAAGGCCGGCGGCGCGGUGGCGAGCGGCGCCACGGCCAUGCCGGUGGCGGCGCAGUGCGUGCAGGUGUCGCAGCCCGUGCUCGGCGCGCAGCAGCAGCAGGCGCAGAUCAUCAGCCCGCUGCAGAGCGGCGGCGGCACGAUGCAGUUCGCGCCGUGGCAGAUCUCGGGCGCGCUGCCGCAGGUGUGGGCGGGCGGGCUGCAGGCGGGCGUGCCCGCGGGCCCGCUGCUCGCCUCCAACCCCAUCUUCCUGCGCGGCGCGCAGCCCGACGCGCCCUCCAUGUUCAUACAGCACUCGCCGCAAAACACGCAGCAUCACAACAACGCGAGCGUGGCGUGCGCGACGGGCACUGCGGCCAAGCCGCGCGCGUCCACCGAGGGCCUGGCCAAGGCGCCGCGGCCGCUGUCCACCAUCAUGCCGUCCGGCGCCAUCCGCCCCGCCUCCUCCGUGUCCACACAGACCAACGCCAACCAGGCCCAGAACCAGGCAAAGCACCGAGGCAAGCCGGGAGUGCGGUCGCCUGCGCCGGCCGCCAAGCAGGACGCCGCCAACCAGACCAACAAGAUGCAGCACCAGAUGCAGCAGCCCAAACAACAGGUAUUACUGAUGAAUUCAAGCGGGCAGAUGACGCAGAUAUCGAGCGUGCAAGACAAGCAACCCAUUACGAAGACUAUCCAGCAGCAGGCCAUCUUGCAACAGCAGGCGUUGCAGCAGCAGCAACAGCAACAACAACAGCAGCAGCAACAACAGCAGCAGCAGCAGCAGCAGUUGUUGCAUCAGCAGCAAACGCAGCAGAUGGUGCAGCAUUACCAACAACAAGGAAUGACUCUCGGCAUGCAGCAAGGCUCGCUGCCGGUGGGGUCGGUGGCGCAGAGCCUGCCCAUGGCCGGCAUCCCGCAAACCAUAUCCAUGGUGCAGCAGAUACAUCCGGGCGUGCAGCUGAGCGGCAUGUCGCAGGCGGGUGCGCUCGUGGGCCAACUGGGCGCGGCCCCGCAGGCGCAGGGCACGCUCGCGCAGGUGCAGGCUCUGCAGCAGCCGCAGACUCUCGUCGGCAGUGGGCUCGUCCAGACUUCAGUAGGGAUGGCCGUACAACAACAAGCUGCUAUGAACCAUUCCACUGCCAUGCAAACGGUGGGCGGCGGGCUGAGCUCGCCGCAGCUGACGCUGGGCGGCGGCGUGGGGCUAAUGGCGGCGCCGGUGCCGGGCGCCGUGCUGCCGCUGCCGCAGCCCGCCGCGCUCGUGCACGUCAAGAGCGAGGACGACAAGAACGCGUCGCAAUCGCAGACGCCGGUGCAGCAGAUAGCGCCGCAGCCGAUGGCCACGGAGCCGACUGGCGAGCCGGCAGGCACACCCUUCCCUACGUCCGCACCGCCCGCCCCGCCCGCUUCCGCCACGGACACUCCGCCCACGCCCACCGCCACCGUUGGUCCGGCUAAUGGCGAGUCAAAAUCAACCGAAACCAAGCAGGAGCCAGAGGCGGCGGCCGCAGCACCCUCUCCCGCUCCUGUGUCCGCGCCCGCGGCUGCUUCCGCCCCAGCGCCCGCCCCUACGCCUGCGCCCGUGCCCAGCAGCGCACAGCACACCACACCUUCAGCGUCCCAGGCGGUGACGACGGUGGCGGCCAGCGCGCCGGCCAGCACCACGGCCGCCGUCACGACGCCCGUGUCCGCGGCCGCGCCGCUCUUCAAGAGCUCGCAGUGCGCGCCGCGCCACAUCAGCCAGCCAGACAAAGGGCUACCAAAAGCGAUGGUGAAGCCCAACAUCCUGACGCACGUGAUCGAGGGCUACGUGAUCCAGGAGGCGGGCGAGCCGUUUGCCAAUAAUGUUUUUAACCCCAAGGUGAACCGGCCGCUGCGCGAAUGGGCGGCCGACAAGGACGACAAGGAGAACAAACAGCCUUCGAGCGACGAGCCCCCGCGCAAGCAGAUCAUCCGACUGCUCCCUGACCAAGAGAAUUAUACAGUAGUCCUCGCCGGGCUCAAACGGAAAAAGCAAAUGUUGGAAAGUGGCAGUAGUGGGCAUCAUCAUCUACCCCGCAUCAGCUCGAGCCAUGAGAGCGACCGCGAGAGCAACGUCAGUGCACGAGCGGCCGCGGGCGCGAGGGUGGCGGCGAGUGCGGGCGCGCCGGCCGGCGCGGGCGCCACCGUCAAGACCGAGAGCGCCGCCAGCGCUGAGCCCGCGCCGGCGGCGGACGAUGCCGCCAGCAAGCCGCAACUGCCCAAUGUCAACAAGUGGACGGUGGCGGAGGUGUGCGAGUUCAUCCGCAGUAUCCCCGGGUGCGCAGGCUACGCGGACGAGUUCCUCAUGCAGGAGGUGGAUGGCGAGGCGCUGCUGCUGAUCCGCGCCGAGCACCUCGUCAUGGCGCUGUCCAUGCGCCUCGGCCCCGCGCUCAAGAUCGUGGCCAGCAUCGACGCGCUGCGCCCUGACUCCGACCAGCCGCAGCACGACCACGACUGAGAAUUGCUUUAAGUCCAUCCAGAGUGGGCAUCAAUAGAGUUAAGUACUACGCAAGUUUAGUGAUGUGUUCAUAGUUAAUUGUCCCAAGAAACGAAUUGUGUAAAAACAUGUGUAUAGUUUUAUAGUCUAAUGUUUCAAUUCUUUUAUUGUAAAACCAUUGGUAUUACUCAUGGUAAUAGUUAGUAGUUGAAGUAUUGUAUAACGUAUGUUGUAGAUACUUUGUAUUUAUGUUAUUAAUUAACUGUUAUUAAAAUUUGUCUUUUUAAAUGAAUCUAAUGAACGUAAUAUUAUUAGCACAUAUUAUUUAAUUGUUUAUACCAUUAACCACACAAGCAUUGUUUUUCAAAUGUAUUUGUAGUGUAUUACUGUGAAUAUUGAAUAGAAACAAGUAACUCGUUGUUUGUGAGUUAAGUAUCCUUAGGUCGAAACGUGUUGCAGGCUCCGGCUGGCCCGCGGCGGCCCGCGAGUACUCGAGGACGAGUUGUCGAAAGUUCCGCCUAUUUAGUGUUAAGCGUCACAUGCGUAAUAGUUUACGUUAUUCGAUGAUUCUGUUUUAUUUGGAAGCGGGUAUCUCCGCCGACGUAGCGUCACCGCCGUCCACUUGAUGUCAUCGUGAUCAAUGCUCGUGUGAACAUCACCCAUUGUUUAAAAGUCUCGAGAACCUUAUUCAGCUUUGGCGUUCUCAUAACUAUAGAAGAAUAAUAAUAACUUUGAUUCAAAAGAAACAACAACCAUUCAUUUCGGCGAUUAUUAUGAAUAGCGGAUGGGUAGCGUAGCGUGAGAACUGCCAGUAGUAUAUAUUAUCCACAAACUUUGGCAUCCAUUAACAGAGAUUUUAGCCAAGAUUUUUACGACCAAUAUUAUUGAAAGAGUUAAUAGUUGAAUUACAAUUUCAUGUCAUGUGUCUAAAAUGACUACGAUUCGCCGAAAUGGAAUAAUAAGUGUCUCAAAUAUUUAAAGUAACUAAAUUACGUGUCGAUGAGCAAAUAAAUACCAUUCAUUCGUGUCAGUAUCAAGCGUAGGUAAAGAAAACACGUUGUUUAUCCAUCGACUCUACAAAGGUCGGUAGGAGAGUUGAGAUGGCGCAGAAACUGUGUUCAACUGUACAAUUGCUAAUAAACUUGUCGGUACAAAAAAGAACGGUAAUUUCAAUAUCCUGCUGGCGUUACUGUCAUGGUGUUUUGUGCGUGACCACAACUCUGGUGCUGACGACUAACAUACUGAUGCGUGUGCGUUGUAUUUAUUCAUAUAAGUGAUUCUAGUACUAAUGUUAUUAAUAAGAUUAAUAAUGUACAUCUAAGAAUACCUAUUUAAGAAUUUAAUUAAUGUAGUUAGAAUAUGUUUCAGAUGGUGUAAUUUUAGGUGUCCUCUUAACAGAAAAGCAAUAUGGGCUCUACCAAUGGUUUUCUAAUUCUAUACAAAUCCUAACUUUAGAAUUUAAUUGAAAGAAUAAUUGUUAUUGAUUUAGAAUAGUCUUAAGUUUUUUAUUGCAAGUGCAAUAAUAUUGGAAUAGUUUAUAAUUGUAAAAGAGAACUCAUUGUCAUCUUAUGAAUAAUGCUAUAAAACGUAUAAUUUAACAUCUUCCUAAAAUUUGACUUAAUAUUAUGGUGCUAUAUAAUUUUGGGUUUGUGUGAUAGUUGUAUGAUAUGUAUAUCGCGAGGAGUGUAGCUGCGUCGCGCGCGCCGCGAGCCGCGAGCCGCGAGCCACGAGCCACGAGCCACGAGCCACGAGCCACGAGCCACGAGCCACGAGCCGCGAGCCACGAGCCACGAGCCGCGAGCCACGAGCCACGAGCCGCGAGCCACGAGCCGGGCGGCGUCGGAGCUCCUCGCGGCCUGCCCGCCAGUGCUUUAAAGUCACGCUAACCACUAACUAUUACUAACUAAAAUGUGACUGUCACCAUUAUAGUCGUUGCGACAAAUUUAUCGACAUAUAGGCUAAUGUAAAUAAAAGUGGUUGUUAAAAUAAUACCAAAACCAGGUCGGGUGUAAAUUCAGCUGUUUUUUUUUUGUAACUAAUUAAGGUCUUAUUAAUGUACGAUUUAAUUACUAUCUGUUAUUUAUAUUAGCAUAUCACUUCCAUGUGAAAUGUUAUCGAUGUACUCCGAUAAAUGUAAGUCCCGCGGCAGGCAGUUUCUGUGCCUAAGUAAGCCCUAAGUCUAUACGACCAAGGGAGUCUACCAACACUUUUAGUAUCAAACUUAUGCACUUGCAUCCUAAAAGAGCCCGCGUUUCGCGUUUUAGGUAGCGAAAGUGUGGACUGAUGUUAUCCUAAUUUCUUAAACCCAGUGUUGUACAGAACGGGGCGUCCCCUGCUGCGAUCGCAUUUGAUGCCUGUUUCAAAAAGAGUGAACAAUAGUACCGAAAGUGACUGAAUUUGUAUUGAUCAAUUUAAAUAAUUAUUUUGCGUCCUUACACGUUUAUUCAGGCACCUUGUGUGGUUUGCACUGGGUAGUUAUUAUUGUUACAUUUAUACAUAUUUGUGAUAUCGAUUAUAAAGAUGUAUGUGUAGUAAAUUACUAAAUUAGUUUCUCUUUCGACAGUUUGAGCACUGUUAUAGGAUCUGAUUUUUUGUCAAAAUUGUUGCAUUGCGUCUACAAAUAAGCCAUUAUUAAAAAUUCAUAGGUACUUAGAGAACAGUACUAUUACGGCCCAGACACGAAUUCGCACGCUGCCGCAGUUGCAAGCGGCGGCCAUAGGUGGGACCGAGAAAUAAGUAGCGAUCCGACCGUUGGUUCCCACCUGUGGCCGCCGCUCGCCGCUGCCAGCGUCGCGCGAUGUUGGCCGAGGCCGAGCCGUUUAUAUGCUUCGUUAAACCAUGUUGUAGGAUCAUCAUGGGACUGGUAUAGUGUAACGGAAAUUUCGUAUGCGAUUGACUGCAAUAUAUCGAAGUUCAUUUUUAACUGUGAAUACUUCUUGAGUUUUUACCUAAUUAAUAGUCAUAACACAGAGACACAAUGAAACAAUUAUACAAAGUAUCCGCCGAUAUUUAUAAACAUAUAAAGUUCAGCGAGGCUGACUUGCUGUGCUUCCAUGCAACAGCGGCAGAGUCUCGCUAGCCAGAGGCUUGAGGUACCUACUUUGCUCAAAAUGUUACUCAAGGAGACGCUCACGACGACAUUAGAAAAAAAUAAACAAAUAAGACUGAUAAAAAA